AGCGUUACGAAAGCUGACGUGGACAAACCUUUCAAACUUAACGGUUUAUUUCUGGCACCGGAUGCUUCAAACUAUUUAUUGCAAAUUGUACAGCGCGUAGAAAGCAGCAAACGCCAGAAGGUUCUGCGUCGUUUAGUUGAAACGAUACUUAAACAAAAGAUUGAUGACAGUCGAAUAACGCGAGCCCUUUGCGAGUCUGCGGUAAACGAAUGUAAAGCAGAUCGUAAUGUAGACACUCCAGUGCUAUUUGUGGUUGAUGCUUUUGAGGUUCCUCGGUUUCAGUAUUCUGUCACGUUGAAGAAGUUCAUUCCUUUGGAAAGUUCGCUAGCACAAGGACAGACAAAAUCGUUGUUUCCAUCGAUUGCUUAUCUUAAAUCCUUUAUGUAUGCGCAUCGUUAUGAGGUUGUCUAUCAACGCGUCCUACGGCAUCAAUUAUUCUCAAAGACCGCUGCGUUUGGAAGAGUGGUAACGGACGAUUCUCAGAGAGGCAAUUUCCGUAUCCGACCCAUCGAAUACCUUUUGGCUACUGGAUCGCGAAUAGAUUCAGUAAUCGUUUUGGGAAUGCUCUGUCAGUUGCGGGAGGGUGAUUGGCAUCUUGAAGAUCCGACUGGUAUUAUUCGCCUCAGCUUAGCAGAGACAGUUUUUCACGAGGGCUUAUUUCCCGAGGGUUGUAUCGUUUUGGUCGAGGGGAUGUAUGAAGACAAGCUGCUACGCGUGACCGGCAUGGGUCUACCACCUUGUGAACUCAGUGACGCGUCGCGACGCGUUUUCUCCGUGAGCAAUCCUUUUGGUGGUGGUCCGAUCGGUUCCCCGGCUGCACCACAAGAUCCUAAAAUGCAUCGUCUGUUGACUACCACUCAAGCUGGUGCCGACGCGAUGUUAGUGCUGCUUGGCGAAACAAGACUGGAUCGUCCAGGUUGUAUUGAACAUUUGGCUACACUGUUCGCCGGCUACAGUUCCUGUGCUCCAGUUGCGUUCGUCCUUACUGGAAAUUUCCUUAGUCCAGAUUCUACCGGCCGAAGCUACUAUGAGCGUAGAACAAUGCUUCAACAAAUCCUCCGCCAACUUCUUUCAGUCUAUACUAGUGCGUUCCCUGUGAGUGAGGACAAUCCACCGCCACAACUUAUUCUAGUUCCUGGACCAGAAGAUCCUGUAACGGCUCCUUCACACAUUCUCCCUCGCCCCAGUCUUCCCAUUGAUCUAAUUUCAGAUAACCCAACCAACCCCACAAAUCCCCAUAAAUGGCUUCGACUAGCUUCUAAUCCAUGCCGUAUCCGCGUAUACACGCGGGAGAUUGUUGUAUUUCGAGCCGAGUACACUCGUCUGCUUGUGCGUCACUGUGUUCACCUGCCUACGUUUUCGAAUACCGGUGUCGAAGGGGAACCCACUCAGGUGUCCGAAAGUGACCAGAAUCAGACAGAAGUGGCAACGGAAGCCGGCAUUGUUUCUGUGAAUGAAGAAAAUAACCAACUCCAAAACAACACAUUGCGCGAAGAGUUUCGUCCCAAGGUAGCACAGAGUACAACGGAACGACUUGGUGUUGGGUUGGCUCGGUGCUUAGCCAGUCAAUCUCACCUUCUACCUCUUCUCGGACAUAUUGCUCCUGUUUACUGGGCUUGGGACCAAGCACUUAGCCUCAACCCUCUCCCCAAUCUAGUAGUGGCUGUGGAACCGAAUGCUCUAGCCGAUUUGAAUGCUGCGACAAACCACACACAGACGGGAAACUGUCUGUUUGUAAACCCUGGACAAUUCGGAUCCGUUAUCGAAUCCACCGGUGUUGAUGUGGCGGACCGAAGGCGUUCUUUACGCACCGAGUAUGCAUUCAAGGUUUACUAUCCUCUUACUGGUUUGAUCGAAAACAGCUGUCUGCCAGAGUAA